UCUCAACUACGAAUCCCAUGAAACCUCGCCGUGUUUCAUGUCAAUAUGGCCACUGUCAGUCAGACAAAGGCAAAUCAGUCUAGCCAAGAAAUGAAAUCAAAUUAAGAGAGGACAGGAGAAACUCUGACAUUGUGGGGACCUGCUUUUGCAUGUUCCGCGUCGGAGAUAAAGCUAACCAAAUCCAUCCAUUCGUGGUGGACGGCGGCUCUCGAUUCAACAAGCAAGGAUGUCUCAGUACUCUGAUGAGCCCAGGUUCACCAUCGAGCAGAUCGACUUACUGCAGCGUCUCAGGAGGACAGGAAUGACAAAGCCUGAGAUCCUCCAUGCCCUCAACACCCUGGAGCGUCUUGACCAACAGCACGGACACAAGUUCCCCCACAGGCCCCCCCACCUGGGCCUCUCAGCCAAUAUCAACCCAAACACGACUUCCUCUUCCUCCUCCGCCAAUAGCGUGACAGCUUCCUCCUCUACCAUCUCCACUGCCACCCAGACCGCUGCGUACCGGGGUAACGGGCUCUCGGCGUCGCCUAGCAACAACUAUGACGGCUCCCCGCCCUCCCCGCAGGCCCCGGCCCCCACUGCCAUAGCGGGUGUGGCGGCCCAGAACGGGCGUGUCAGCAGUGAGGGGCUGGUCGUCAUGACGAAUGGGAAGGGGUCUCCGCCGCGGUUUCCUGUGAGCGUGAGCACGGUUAGCGGUACUGUCGGGGGGAGGGGCUUUGUGUACGAGCCCAGCGAGGAUGAUGUGGACAUAGAGGACAAGGUGGAGGAGCUGAUGAGACGGGACAGUGCCAUCAUCAAGGAAGAGAUCAAGACCUUCCUUGGGAAUAGGCGUAUUUCUCAGGCAGUAGUUGCACAGGUCACAGGUAUCAGUCAGAGUCGUAUCUCCCACUGGCUCCUCCAACAAGGCUCAGACCUCAGUGAGCAGAAGAAGCGGGCCUUCUACCGCUGGUACCAGAUGGAGAAGACCACGCCUGGUGCCACUCUAACCAUGCGGCCAACGCCAUUGGCCAUGGAGGACGUGGUGGAGUGGCAUCAGACCCCGCCCCCCAUAAGCUCCACUCAAGGAAGCUUCCGUCUACGACGAGGAAGUCGCUUCACCUGGCGGAAGGAAUGCCUGGCUGUUAUGGAAAGCUACUUCAAUGAAAACCAGUACCCUGAUGAGGCCAAGAGAGAGGAGAUAUCCAAUGCCUGCAACGCCGUCAUCCAGAAACCAGGGAAGAAGCUAUCUGAUCUUGAGAGGGUAACCUCUCUGAAGGUCUACAACUGGUUUGCUAACCGCAGGAAGGAGAUCAAGAGACGAGCCAACAUAGAAGCAGCAAUCCUGGAAAGCCAUGGCAUCGAUGUUCAGAGUCCAGGAGGCCACUCCAACAGUGAUGACAUUGACAGCAACGAGUUUCCAGACCAGGCCUGUGAGGUGUCCUCCCUGUUUGAGAAAAGAGUAGUGACCCGACCCUACGGUCUGAGUAGACUAGACCUCUCGUCUCCUACACAGGUGCCGACCCUCCUACCCAGCUGGCUGGCUGCCUGGCCCAGUCCGGCCAAGGGGGCCAUGGCCGCAUUCAGGGGCAGUUCUCUGGUUGGUCGUGCCUCUCUGCCAGGGGUGGGGCAACAGGCAGAGGGUACCAGACUGACUGGCGUCUCCUGGUCUCCCCCCUCCCCAUCCCUACAGGACGAGUCGACCAAUCACAGCGAGCAGCAGGACCCCAUAACCCUGGCAGUGGAAAUGGCAGCUGUCAAUCACAGCAUCCUGGCCCUCGCCACACAAGCGGGGAGUGUGGCUAGGGGGACUGGAAGUGACAUAAAGACUGAGAUGCUGGAUGAGGACUGAAAUGAGAUGUAGUGUGUGUGUGAGAGAGAGCGAGAGAGAGAGAGCAAGAGAGAGAGAGAGAUAGAGAGAGAGAGAGGGAGAGAGAGAGAGCAAGAGAGAGAGAGAGAGAGAGAGAGUGCACGAAAGAGCAAGUCCAUGUGGUUGACAUUUAGGAAGAGAGUGUGUCUUCUUGGAAUGUUGUCAUUAACAAAGACCAAAAGUAUGCACAGGCUUACAAACUGUCAAACGUAGAAAUACCUGUCUGCCUCACCCUCUUAUCACACAACCCUCUCCAAAUACCCCAUACCUCCCCCAUACCUCAUCUCUACCUCCCCCUCAAACUCAUACCUCCCAUCCUGAGGUGUGGAAGUUGUGUAUCAGUUGAGGUCAAAAUAUACUAUGUAAGUGUAUAGUAGAAGAGUAGACAGUGAGUCAGAGCCUAUAGUGUGCAUAUGUAGCACACCAUUCAACACUCCCUGUCCAGUUAAUAUAUUCUCAGUCUCUUUCUCUGUCGUGUCACUGUAUAGACUGUGUUUUUUUACAGCCACAAGCUACAUGUUAUUGUCCUCUCCCUCCAACGAGGUUGAGAUAGAGAAAGAGGAAGGAGAAAGAGAUGCAGAUAGAGGGACAGAGUCAUGGGUACGGAGAGUUUAUAAUAAUCCAAUGCUAAUCAAUUCUGUCUGCUGUAAAUCUGGUCAGUGUAUUCCAGAGUAUCAUCAGCCCCAGACCUGGAUUAACAUCCAUGAAUUAAUGAACCAGUAUUACUAAAGAGAUGCUUAACCUUUAAUGUGUUAUGGUUGAGAAGAUGGUGGCAAAUUAUCAUUUUUAGAGAGAGAAAUGGAGAGAGAUGGACAAUCAGGGGGCCUUAUGUGGUGGAUAUAUGGACUGAAUCAUAUGUAGGGGUCACCCAUAGCAUUGGAUUUAAGCUUUUUAAACUUUAUUUACUAAAGAGUGGUUUUAAUAUGUAGCAGAAACUUCCUCUUUGCUAGUUCAGGUUUUUAAAUGAUCUCCAGGUAACACCAGUUUGGCUCUCCUUAGUGCUCAUAAUGGUGGUAGUUUAUGUCACCAGAGUGCAUCCAGUUUUUUUUCUUCUUGAAUCCUUUUUCCUAUUUGCCUUGUGUGUGCCAUAUGUUUUUAACACAAGCUUCUAUGGGAGGUGUUUUCUUGGAUUACUUUUCCUUCCAGAUGUCACUUUUAGGGCAUGGUUUAGAUGUACGGUGCUUCAGUCCUCUACCCUUCUAGCACACAAUUGGUUGUUCUGAGUGAAGGACAGGCCAUGUUACUCGCCUGGUGGUAAGGGAGGGGGGAGAGGACGGUGAUCUGAUUGGCUGACAUGAGUUCAUAAAUUAGGGGUCAGAGGUCAUCAGUUACUUUUGCAACCCCUGACCCCCUCCACCACCCCUCCCUGCCGACUUUCCCUUUACUAACUCCCAGCCUGCUGCUUUUUAAGUCAAAUAAGAUAUGAAUACCUGAAAAAUGUUACCUGUUUUCCUGAACCCGUAAAGGUAUAACUCAACCCUAAAAAUAACGGUUUGAAAAGAAAAGUGGGUGCAGAACAUAUCUUUGAGAUUGUAUUGUGUGGUGAAAUGCACCUUUAAUACCUUUUAUAUUGGUUGACAGCCAAGCUGACCAAUAGGGACUCUGAUACCUCUGUGGUUUGUGAAACUCCUGAGGCAGGGAACUAAUACAAAUAUUUAGUUUAAUAUCAAAUAGGUAUCUUACAAAAUAGAAAAUAUUACAUAUUCUCAAAAGUAUGAACCAUAAUUGUUCUUUUUUUUGUAAAAACUCUGCCAAGCAGAAAUGUACCAGAACAGAAUCAUAUUAUUAAUGACAUGUCUAUGUUCUCUGUAGAUUUCUUAUGAUUUUAAAUCAUGUAUUUACAUGGAAUCCAUUUUUUCCUUGUGAGACUUUAUGCACAACCAGCCUUUCAUUUGUGGUCCAGUGUCAGGAAGACAAAGCCUCCUUCUAUACUUCUGUGUCAAAAAACACUUCAAGUAGAGUAGUUUAUUUGCUUUUGAUAAAACUCAGAACACUUUUGGAUUGCUCCAUUGGUUUUAUCGUGCAUUGGCUAGAUAACCAUGAGCACACAAAGUAUUUGAACUGUCAAUAAAAAAAGGCCUGUAGCUAUUAGUUGAUCAGGAACUUUCACAACAUGUGUAUUUUACUGAAGACUCAAGGAGCAACAACUAACUAAUGAAGUUACGUUUGUAAGGGGGCUUUGUGCUCCCAUGGAGUGGGGGCAGCAGGAUGGAGGAAGGCACUGCCUUCUUUAUAACCAAACUGUUCUUGUUACGUAUGUGAAUACAUGGCAUAUAAACUGAAGACAAAUACUCUAUAAAGUGGAAUAAUCUAAAUAAACGAAUUAUCACUGUUGUAUCGAUUUGAGGUAGUUAAAAAUGAGAGUCCUGUUAUUUCAGACAUAGUGCCUUGUUUGGACAGUAGACUGUUCUGUAAUGAUACAUAGAAAAACUUUGCCUUUGUUAGUUUUUCAUUUGUUUGAAAAGCUUUCUUUAAAAAAAAAACAUUUGUUUAUUGUAGUAGUGUAACUGUUGACGAAUGAAUAUAAACAAAUCACAUAUAAAGGUU